UCAUACAGGAAGUUAUCGAGCUGGACCGUCGGAGCAUUUUUUGCAGCAGCAUCCACCCAUCAACCUAGCUAAUCUGAUAAUAAAUAUGCCAAGAGCUGAGGGGCAAUUCACUGAACUAAUUCAGGGUUGGACCAUGUGGUGAUGAGCGGUAUGCCAUGCAGAGGAGACACAGCAGCAACACGGAUGGCAUGCCCUCUGAAAGGAGCCGAAGCCAAACUCUGGGAUCCGAGAGCAGCCUGGAUGAGGGUGGCGUGUUUGACUGCCUGAAGCCUGACUCUCCUGCUUCACCCCAGCAAAUCUUCUCCGGCCUGGUGGGUGUCCCCUCCGGUUCUGUCUCCUCUGCCCAAUUCCAGGCAGCUGGCUUAGUCCUGGGCUCUCCCCCUGAAGUUUUUAUCCAGAUGACUGCAUUGUCCAGAGAAGAAGGGGUACCCCACCGUACGGAGGGUGGACCUUUUCUCCCUCGGCCACCCCCGCACCACCAUCACCACCACCACCACUUCCACCACCAGCCUUUGCAGCACAGGACCUCCUCUCUGCUCCAGCAGGCCACCACGGCAGCUGGCUCGGAGAGGCACAGCUCCAGGGAGGAGGCCCAGGAAGACCCGUCCACCCCAGCCCCAGCCCUGUCUGAGUUGAAGGCAGUUGUCACAUGGCUGCAGAGAGGCUUCCCCUUUAUCCUCAUUCUGCUGGCUAAAGUCUGCUUCCAGCAUAAGCUAGGUAUUUCUGUGUGUGUGGGCAUGGCCAGCACAUUCGCCUAUGCCAAUUCCACGUUUAGGCACCAAGUGUCAUUACGGGCGGAACGUUCUGUAUUUGUUGCUCUGUGGAUCAUCAUGUUCCUUGCAGGAAAUAUAGUUUAUAUCUACUAUUCAUUUAGUCAUGAGGAGCUGCACAACAGCCUCGUAUUUGCCAAGCCCAACCUCAACAGCUUUGACUUCUUUGAUCUGAUCUGGGCAGUGGGCAUCACUGACUUUGUCCUCAAGUACUUCACCAUCAGCCUGAAAUGCUUUGUCCUCUUUUUGCCCAAUAUUGUCCUGGCCUUCAAAUCCAGGGGUAAGUUCUACCUUCUGAUCGAAGAGCUGAGCCAGCUGUUUCGGGCCCUAGUGCCCAUCCAACUGUGGUACAAGUACAUCAUGGGAGAGGACCCCUCCAACAGUUACUUCCUAGGAGCCACGCUCAUCAUCAUCUACAGCCUCUGCAAGUCAUUUGAUAUCUGUGGACGUGUGUCUGCCAUACGCAAGGCCUUGAUCAUGCUCUGCAGCUCCCAGAAUUAUGGAAUGAGGGCAGGCAAUCAGCAGUGCAGCGAGGCGGGCGAUGUCUGUGCUAUUUGUCAGGCUGAUUUCAGAGACCCCAUAGCCCUUCUCUGUCAGCACGUGUUCUGCGAGGAGUGCCUGUGUUUAUGGUUCGACCGGGAGAGAACAUGUCCGCUGUGUCGCUCCACUGUCAUCGAGACUCUGCGAUGCUGGAAGGACGGCACCACCUCGGCUCACUUCCAGAUCUACUGAGUUCUGGCAACACAUCAUGUGCACCCAGAAAGACGUGAUUGUGCUGUAACACAAGUUAGACAAUGGUGAUGGUGUGUCAUCUUUUGCUGUUUAUUUUAGGGCAGUAUUUUUUUUUUUUUUAAAUCAAGGUAAGCAGUUGCAGUACCACAAAAUAUGUAGGGAGGUAACUUUAUUAUUAGAGGUGUUUGAAAAGACCAGAAAAUACGUUGAUCAGAUUAUUUUCUGUGCGGAUACGUUGAGCAUCUUAUGAAGCUGGUGGUAGAGGCCAAAUGCACAAACCAUUUAGCAACAUGGUAUGACUUAAAAGAAACAUAAAGCUUGGACUUUUGUCAGUUUUAGAAUUGGACUAUCGUCAUAUUGUUAGGGCAAGAAUCACAUUUUUGUGUACGUAUAGACUUAGCCACUGUUUUACACUAAACACAUGAUAGAAGAAUGCAACUUUUGAUUUAGUGUGGCGGUAAUGUAAAUAGUCACAGCAUUCACACUAUUUGUGGUAAAUUUAGCAAUUUGUGGUAUACUUUAUGAUUUUGUCAUCUCAUCUGUAUGCUGUCUAUAUUACUUGUCCUACCAUAUUACUUGUCUAAGUUUUGCAAUAUUUAUUUUAAAAUGGGAUAUUUACCCUUUGAACACGACAUGAUAGAAUGAUAGUAAGUACAAAAUCAGUAGGUCUGUAUGUACAGUUAGUUCUUCGUAAACAAACGAUAAGGUUUUGUAGGUAUUGAGUAAUGAACAUAAGGUGGUGUGUGCCAGCAAGGCACCAUAAUCAUAACCUUUUUUAGAUUUGCAAAUUUCCAUACAUUUCCACUUGCAUAUUCAUUGAGAGGGAGCUCAUGUCUGAUAAUCUUCCAUGUUGUUCCAAACUUUUAUUUCAUUGUUAUUCUUUGUUUAUAUGAAUAAUUUCCUUUAGAAUAGUCAUUCUCGGGUUGCAUAAUAGACAUGACUAUGAUGACUUUAAUGCAGAAUGCACUGCAGUGCAGAGGUUUUCCGUUAUAAAUUAAAGCACUUUAGCUCACUA